UUCAAUCAUGUGAUUAAAAGAAAAAUUCAAUUCAAUUUUUUAAUUUGAUAAAUAUCACCUGUAUUAUGUAAAACUUGUCAACAUCAAAUGGCCAUGGAAAAAUCUGAUAAACAAGAUCAUGACGAUGAUGAUUUAUAUGAGAAAGGCCGAUCUUAUUGGGAACGUAUUGCACCGAAUAUUGAUGGAAUGUUAGGUGGUUGGACCAAUAUCAAUACCAGCGAUGUAGAUGAAUCCAGAAAAUUACUUAGGAUUCUAUUGAAACCAAUCAAAAUGAUCGAAUCAUUGAAACGUCCACUUAGAUGUUUAGAUUGUGGCGCCGGUAUUGGCCGUGUUAGUAAAUAUGUUUUGUCAAAAUUUUUCGAUGAAAUCGAUCUACUCGAACAAAAUGAAACAUUCGUUUUGAAAGCCAAAGAUUUUCUUGGUGAUGGUUAUCAUCGUGUGAAACAUACUUAUAUACAAGGAAUGCAAGAAUUUGCUCCUAUCGAUGGUAUAAUCUAUGAUUGCAUUUGGGGUCAAUGGGUUUAUGGAUAUCUGACCGAUGAGGAUCUGAUUUUAUUUCUUGAAAAAUGCCUUCGAAUCCUUGAUAAACAGCAUGGAUUUAUUGUGGUAAAAGAUAAUGUAUCUAAAGAUGAAGAUUCAUACGUUGACGAUGAGGAUGGUUUUGUAACAAGAACAGAGGCUCAAUUUUUGAGUUUAUUUUCUAAAGUACCAAAUUUAAUUGUUAAAGAUAUUUUUCGACAAAAAAGAAUGCCAAAAGAAUUAUUGCCUGUUAAAAUGUUUGUCCUAGUUCAUGCAAAAACCCGUCAAUAAUAUAGUAAUGAUUUUGUAAAAAUAUAA